CCAAAUUUUAUCCUUCAUAUUGUUUCUCGCUGCUGGAUCUAUCUCAAACUUGAUGUUGAUAAGUUUUGGCUUCUGGUGAUCUUGCUCAGCCGGAUGAGUGCACAGGAUCGGCCCAAUUGCCCGAGCUACUUGGGCUUCCAAGUAGAAGAUGGCAUCGAGAGGCACUUGGACUGCGAUAACCCAGAAUACAGCGUCAUCCUCCACCUGUCUUUGGGCUCUCAACUGGGUUUUUGUAAGCCAUGGCUUGAACUCAAUGACAUAGUGCUUCGGUCCAAUUGUGAGCUCGUUCCUUCCUUUGAGAAUCAACCAUAUGGCAAUCGCAGAGCUUCUAGCCACAUAAGAAACUACGUUAGGACUCUCAAUUUUUACCCUUCCACGGCUAAAGCCCAGGGAGGAGAGCUCGUGACAUAUGCCCCAGAGCAGCCUUCCCCCUCGACGACAAUGGCGUCGACAUCAGGAGCUUCUCCCUCUGACGCUGCGGACGUGGUCGAUCCGCUUGAAUAUCUUCAUCUUGCAGGCAUGGUCGGAGCAAUCCGAUCGGCCCCUGAUGAUCUCGAAUGGGUCGAUCGCGAAUCCAAUCCUGGUCCGCAGUUCCGAACAGGAGAGAUUGACGUGCUACAAGCACUCAAACAACUAGGUAUUCGUGUUCCGAUCCCGGUGGGACAUCUGCUCACCAUAUCUGAAGAGGCGAAUGAUAAACUUUUACAGCAUUGCCAGAAAAAUCAAAAGCGCUUCACCUAUCAGCGCAUACAACGGAUGUUGAAGAAGAAGGAAGGAAACGAGGAAGUGGCACAACCCGAACCCGAAGCCGGCGAACCUGAGGCCACACGAAUAGCAACGAUCUCUUUAGUAGAGAAAGAUCACUUCGUACGAGCUCGGUCGGUGCUAUGGAAAAGCGCGGAGUUUGAUUGCGAGAUUUGGGGCAAGCCGUUUAACGCCCUUAUCGACACAAGGUCUUCAGCAGUAGCCAUAUCAUUAGACACUGUCAGAAAGACGAGACGACUCGGAUUCAUUCUUCCUCAAUCUGCUAAAGACAAUUAUGUCUCCGUCGACGAGGAAGCAAUGAAUAUCGUAGGCAUUAUUGAAAACGUGGCUGUAAAGCCAGAGGCAAUUUCGGCGAUCCUUGCCCAGGUGGGACCAAGCGGACUCGAGAGUGUGGUGGAGUAUGCCUCCAAAUCGGUGCCAGCUUGCAAGCGCAACUACGCCGCUCCGACGGGGGAAUGCUACGCGGCUCUCUGGGGAAUCAGCCACUUUCGCACUUACCUGUACGGGCGAAAGUUCACCUUGGUAACUGACCAUGAGCCCUUGUUGGCUCUGAAGAAAUCGAAGGAUUACUCUGGCAUGAUCGGGCGAUGGGCAACGGUGCUGCAGAGCAUGGACUUUGACAUUCGUUAUCGAAAACACGAGAGGCACGGGAAUGCGGACAGACUGACACGACUGCACCGGCCUGAGAAAGUUCUGAAAAGUGAGGAGGUGAUUCCGUGGAACGAACCCGAACAGGAGAUCGGACCUCGGUACGGCCAAUCGGGGCGCCGCCAGCUGAUUGCGCUGGAGCUCAUCGCACUGAUCGUGCAAUUGGCGGACGAUCUCUCGCCCGACAUCUAUUCACAGAGUGACGACAGUCCUGCUCUGUACAUUUUCGAGCGAUCAUUGGAUCCGUACCUUCAGUGGACUGCGUGUUUGGAGGAACCUAGGGACGAGGAUACGCUACCAUCGCGACAGGAGUAUCUGAAGCCGUACGAUAUCAUCCCUCACACCUUCUAUCCGAGGGCAGAGGAAGUGGUGAUCGACGACGACGACGAAGAGGACGAAGACGAGGAAACAUCCGAGGAGGGAAGCUAUAGUGAACAUAGCGAGGGCGAGCUGAGCGAAGGAGAAGAGGAGGAAGAAGAAACCGGAUCUGAGUGGGAAGCCUUGCCGGAGGAAGCGACGCGUACGAGAACGGAGGCGGAAGAUCCGAAAGCGGUGCGAAAGCGCGAAGAAAUCGCCACCGGGAAGCGCCAGCUAGAGUUCGCUAGCAAAGCUAGCCUGCGCAUCGGUUACGAUCCGACCAGGGAUCCAGAGCCGCCGAAGCCCGAAGAUGGCGACCCUGCAGCCGCCACCUAAAGUACCGCGCGACGGAGACG